AUGAUUUCCCAAUUACCCCGCCUUAGCGACUAUGACAUUUCUCCGCACCACGGCUUUCUCCCUGAACAGGUACCUCUGAGCAUCCUCCCGGAUACCUACUACGAGCCCUGGGAGACCAUUGUCCGCAACUUCCAAUCCCUCAUCCUCACCAAGCGCCUCCGCCAGAUUGUCGAUGCCCUCCCGACCCUGUCAACAGACCUUCUCCUAACCGAAGCCGAGUGGAGGCGCGCAUACUCCGUUCUGGGUUUCAUCGCACAUGCCUACAUCUGGGGAGGAGAUUCCCCUGCCGACAUCGUCCCCCCGUCCAUAUCCAUUCCUUUCCUCAGCACAUGCCAGCACCUCGAGUUACCGUCCGUGGCCACCUAUGCCGGCGUCGUGCUAUGGAACUGGCGUCCCCUGUUCACCUCGGAGCCAAUUGAUUCGCUGAACAACCUCUCGACCUUGAUGACCUUUACUGGAUCCCUAGACGAGUCAUGGUUCUACCUCGUCUCCGUGGCCAUGGAAGCCAAAGCCGGGCCCACGAUCCCGCUCAUGAUCGAAGCCAUUGCCGCAGCGAGACACAACGACUCCAAAACGGUGACACAGUGCCUGCAGACCUUUGCAGAGACGCUCGAUGAACUCGGCACCAUCCUCGAGCAGAUGUACGAAAACUGCGACCCCCAUGUCUUCUACCACCGCAUCCGCCCCUUCCUCGCUGGAGGGAAGAACAUGGGCGCCGCCGGUCUACCGAACGGCGUCAAGUUCGACGACGGCAGCGGUAAUGCGCCGUACGUACAGUACAGCGGCGGCAGUAACGCGCAGUCUUCGGCGAUCCAAUUCUUCGACAUCGUCCUGGGCGUCGAGCACCGUCCGACGGGCGAGAAGCGGACCGACGCUGCGUCCGACUCGGAAGGCUCCGUGCAACCCCCCGCGCACAACUUCAUCCUCGAGAUGCGCAAGUACAUGCCGGGUCCGCACCGCCGGUUUUUAGAGCAUGUGGAGGGCGUGGCCAACAUCCGCGAGUACGUCGCGAAGAAUCGGAACAACAGGGCGCUCGUGACGGCAUUCGACGCCGCGCUCGCCAUGCUGCGCGCGCUGAGGGACAAGCACCUGCGCAUGGUGAGUCGCUACAUCAUCGUCAAGUCGCGCGAGAGCAGCAGCAGUUCGCGGGCUUCGGCGUCGGCGGCGGCGUCGGCGGCGAAUGCCCAGCGCAUCAACAUCGCAAACACGCUUUCACGCGUCGAUAGCAAGAAGUUGCGCGGGACGGGCGGGACGGCGCUCAUCGCCUUCCUCAAGCAGGCGAGGGACGAGACGGGCGAGCCUGCGAUUGAUGCGUGGGCGAGGCGGUUGUUGAAUAAUGGGCCGGCGGACCUGAGGGAGGGCGUGUAUGGUGUUGGCAAGGAGGAUGGGCCGGUGGGCGGCGGCGGCGGCGGCGUGGCAAGGUUGGGCAAGAUGAGCGAGCAUUUGGAUGGUGAGGUGGAGAUUGUGGGGUUGGCGGGGACGUGGAGUGUGGAUGAUAGUGAGGGUGGGGUGAGUUACUCUUUUAUUUUUGUAUUCUUCGUGUGGUUGUUUGUGUGUGAGGAGCAUGUGCUAACUGGCGUUGCAGAUUUGCCAUUGGUAGGACGGAUGUUUGGGAGGUGUCUGCGCUGGACGGAGUAUGGAGUUUGGAGUCUGGAGUACGGGGGAUUUUUUGAUUGCGCAAGACGAUGA